GGAUUAUUUUUUAGAGAAGACGCCUCUGAAUUUUCACAAAAGCGGCUACAAAGAACAGCAAUGAUUAACACAAACAAGGAAAUAACCGCAACAUAACCUCCCGCAGCCAUUACUAGUUUAAAAAGAAAGCAUCGGUGAUAGUUACAAUGAGCUCUUAUGUUGACAGCUCCAACCUCACGCAAACAAGCAAGACAACUUCUCCUAGCACUAUGUUUAGUUUCGAUCUAUCUGGGCACAGGGCCAGGCGUUAUGAGGGUGUUAAUGUCAACGGGAUAUUCACAUGCCCCGUCCCCGCGACUUCUGUUGAACGGGAGGAGAUGAAAACUAGUCUGCGUGGCAAUACGGAUACUCCUCUCCCGUCAGGACCACAGAUAACCAUGGUCUCCAGUUCGUCCGUGGACGCAAGCGGGCUGACCUACGGCUGCAGCACACUGCUGGGACGGCGGACAGACAGAGACCCGGAGAGGAGCGCGAAAUCCGGCGGCAACAAGAGCCAGGAAAGCGAAAUAAAUGCGGAGAACACGCAAUCGGUGAAGCGAAACACAAAUGUGAACCAGCGUCCGGACAGUGAGCAGCAGCCACAGAUUUAUCCAUGGAUGACAAAACUGCACAUGAGCCACGAAUCGGAGGGUAAGCGGUCCAGGACCAGUUACACCCGCUACCAAACUCUGGAGCUGGAGAAAGAGUUUCACUUCAACCGGUACCUGAGCCGCCGCAGGCGCAUUGAGAUCGCCCACACCCUGUGUCUGAACGAGAGGCAGAUCAAAAUCUGGUUCCAGAACAGGCGAAUGAAGUGGAAGAAGGACUCAAAGAUCAAAGUGAAGGAGUAAAAGUGCACGAGUGAGCGGGGCGCAUGAAGCACGUUGUCAGCCCCACACUGCACAGAGCGGGAGCGCCGCCUGACCUCCGGAUGAACUGCUAGGAGCAAUGACAUCAUGACACCGCUCUGUGUGCUUCAUCACCAAUUAUAUGUCACUUGCUGCAGUUUGGGACCUAAUGCAUUGAAUAUCACUCACUUUGAUCAAUAGGUUUACAUUACUAAAUUAAUUUGCUGCCUAUGCGUUGAUAACCUCACUUUGCUGCACGAAGGGGAGAAGAGGUUGAGGGGAGCUUCACGCUGCCACGCUGUGGUCUGCAGAGCACCAAGAGGCUGCACAAGGUUACUAAUAAAGUACUUCUUAAAUUAGGAUAAGAGUAGUAGAGGCAUAAUUUCCAGUCCUGUGUCCUCCUCUUGUGAUUAAACGCGAAGGUCGAGGAAUCAAAUUAAGGCAAAAACAAUUCCUACUAAGCUGCCCGGUUAGUAACAGUUAAAUAGUUUCCCACCACUAAAAACAAAUUUCCCCCCUCUCUCCUUUUCUUUAUGUUGCAGUGCAAAGUUAGGAUGUGACUGGAUAUAUGAUGUUUGUUAGUGAGUGGAUUUCUGUGAAAGCAUCAUCCACGUUUUCCGCCAUGUCCUUGUGAAUCUAAAUCAUUAUGUACAAUUCAGCGACUGUUUGACAUAAUAUUAUAACGUGCAAUGAAACUAUUUCUCUUCUGGUUUACACAGAGAA